AUGGCGGACGAACAGCCGAGGACAUCCAACCCAGCCCCUGUUUCCCAGGAAGAUGGUCCUUUGCUGGUAAACCUCCACAUACUGUCGCCUACAGACGGGGUGGGAAACCUGCGGUUUCCGGGUCUGCCAGCUGCGACGACCAUCCGUGAACUGAAGGCAAAGAUUAGAGAGACUCUUGAAGCGCGACCAGCAGAUGAAGACCAAAGGUUGAUCCAUCGGGGUCGCGUGCUCGCGCGCGACACAGACACACUGAAAGAUGUAUUCGGUGAGCAAGAGAUUCGGACAAGCGAUCAACAGACGAUCCACUUGGUAGUGAGGAAUCCGGAGCACCAGCCAUCUCGAUCAAGCACCACGAGUUCGACCCCUGGCCAAGGCACCUCAACACAGACGCAAGCUCCUGGUCCUGACUCUGCUCUGCCGCGUCUUGAUGCUCAGCCCCAGCGCCCGUUCCAGUUCCAGCAAGCCCAUAUCAUCCGUCAGGUGGGCCCAACCUUUGCUGUUGGCGCUGUCGUUCGACCAGGUUCGGCGCCGAUCACGCUACCACACGUCACAGGCCAAAACCAACACCAGGAGUUCCUUCAGCGACUAAAUCAGCUUCAUCAACGGGGAGAAGCAUUGCGGGAGGCAAACUUGCGCCAGCUUCUUGCUCAGCAGCGUGGUACUUUGGGUUCCCAUGGCACAGUUGAGUCUGCGAACAGCCAAGGAAGCUCAGGAAACUUAGGCAAUUCAGAGGUGGGGAGAAGUAGCAGUCCGACCCGACAAACAUCACAGACAAUUACCCGCGAGGGCACCACGCAAGAUGGACAGCAUUUUAGCUUCAGAAUCACUUUCAACGAAGUCGUCACCCAUGCCGGUACGACUUCACGCACUCCUACUGGGACAGCGUCAUCUGGUGAUGCAGCUGGCCCACGGCCUCUCUCCGCCGCUGAGGUCCAGAACAUCAUCCAAGCUGCUGAUGCUGCUAGAACUGCUCAAGUUAUGGCUAAUGCCAUUCAACGAAGCACAUCAGAACCCCCGCCAGCGAAUGUGGUCGAGAAUCUUGCUAAUCACGGCUUCGGUAACCCCAUCCAACCAAUCCAGCCAGGGGUAACGACCCCUAUCAUUCCUGCCCUAUCACGAAAUACUAGUCACACUGUGACCCCUGAUCCAUCAGCAAGAUCACCGAGUCAGAGAAAUAACGCUGUGUUCAGCAGCCAAUAUGCGGAGCCUAGCAAUCAGCAAAACGAACAAUCCACCUCGCAGUCCGCUACGGCAAACCAAACUACCGGCUUGUCCAGCAGUCAGCAGGCAUCUUCAGAACAGCGACAAUCACCCCAGACCUAUCCAGAGGUUUAUCUUCUCUCGUCCCCCACCGGCCCUCGGGCGGUGUUGAUUAACAACGGCCCGUCUGACAUGUACAUCACAUCACCGCCGCGAGUUUCACAAUAUACCCCCAGUUACUACUACAGGGCACCAGCAUUUCCCUAUAUUGUACCAGCGCAAACAGCAACACCUCAAAUUCAAGUUCAACCAGGGCAAGCACGCGUGACUAUAGCCGUGCCGGGCCAGGCAGAAGUGCGUAUAGAUACACCUGCUUUGGCUCAGCAACCGCAGCCAAUGGCGGCUCAAGUAUUUGCACCGCGCAAUGAUGAGCAAGAAGGCCUACGUCGACGACCAGUUGCCGCCCAACCUGUGGCUGCUGAACUGCCACAUCCUGUCCCCCAGCUCCGUAAUCCCCAUGGAAAUCCCGGGGCUGUUGCCGUCGCCGUUGCACUGUGGCCACAUAUCUGGUUGGUGAUCCGACUGCUCGCUUUUGCAUGGUGGUUCUCGUACAGUAAUCCGUCCUGGGAGCGUUGGCUGUCACUUGCCAUCGCUGCCCUGGUCGUGUUUGCUAUUAACACGGGUAUUUUGAAUGGCAUCAUCAACACUGCCUUCCAUCCAGUUAGGGAACAGCUGGAAGGCCUUAUCCCGUUCGCAGAUCCCAAUCGGCAACCAGAGCAAGGCCAGAACCAGAACGGCCAAAAUGGAGCGGACCCUGAUCCUGCCCAGAUGGCUGCAAGGCUCGUUGCUGAAAGGAGAGCUGCCAACCGCAACUGGCUAAUGCAUCAGUGGAGACGGAUUGAGCGCGCCGGAAUCCUCUUUCUGGCUAGCUUUGCCCCGGGUGUGACCGAAAGGCAUAUUCAACUGCUUGAGCAGCGUGAGAGGGCUGAGCGGAGGGCCGCUGAGGAGACAAGGGCAGCUGCUGAACGGGCUGCUCGGGAGAACCGUGAGACACAGCAACAAGGACAGGAUCAAGCGCCGUCCAGUCAGACAGGGAACGAGCAGACCACUUCAGGGGCUAGUGCACAGCAACCGGCACCACAGCAACAACCUCUUGCUCAAGCGCAGCCGCAACUAGUUGAGACGUAG